GACGCUCCCGACCCGAAUCGGCGGACCGUGUCCGAGUUGGGGACGGAGUCCAUCCCACCGUAUAUUAACUCAAUAAGAAGAGAGCUGGAAAUUGAAAGCAUCAAAGUAGGCCCGCGUGCGCUGGAGAGGUCUAGUGCGAAAAGGUAUUUAUUUUUUUGUGAAGAAUUUUGUUUCCAAAUCGGGUGGCAGCGAAGGGAUCGAGGGCGGCGUGGUGGGAUCUGGCGCCAUGGGCGAGCAGUUCUCUGGUAGCGCGCAGGAAAAUUUGGUCAGGGAGGAGGCAACAAAAGGUUUGAACCCAGGGCUGGUAGUUUUACUUGUGAUUGGCGGUCUUGUGCUGCUUUUCCUUGUUGGAAACUAUGCCCUCUACAUGUAUGCACAAAAGACCCUUCCACCAAAGAAGAAGAAACCUGUCUCCAAAAAGAAAAUGAAGAGGGAAAGGCUUAAGCAAGGGGUCUCUGCUCCAGGAGAGUAGAAAUGGUGCCUACAAAACCAGCAAGAAAUCUUGAUCAUAGUGCUGAUAGUUUAGUUGCAUGUCUAGUUCAGAUACUUUAAAAUUUUAUUCUCGAGGUUUAGUUCUUUGUUAAGCUUGGAAACUUUGAAAGUUUACCAUUUGAUUUGGCAUAAGCUAUAUUUAGUUGGAAAUUCAAGGUAGAUUGGAGUUACUAAAAAUUUCCAGCCAGUGCCUGCUUUCUUGAAUGCCAUCACUAUAUGCUUGCUGCAAUGCCACAUCAUUACCAUCCUAUUACCACCCCCCCACCCCAACCCCCACUCUUUCUAAUAUGUUGGGAACAUCACCACCAAUCUCUGAACCCUGGACCUGCAUAGAAUGCCACUCGGGCUUAGGCACCUGCACAUGCACAUAUGGUAAUUUCUCUUUCAUUAUGAAAACAUGCAGGUUACAGUAUAGCACCAGCUUUUAGCUGGGGAUCAUUGUUUUAUGAUCUGCAAUAUGUUUAAUUGUUUAUUGCUUUGCAAUAUGUUCAAUUGUUUAUUAUUACAUCUUGCUGUAAAGUUGAAUAGAAUAUUUUUACACAUUAAUUUCCCAUUCUUAAUGAAAAUAUUCAGGUUCGGUAUA